CAGAAACCUCCCAGAAGCAGAAGCAGCAAUGGCCACAGUGCCUGAUCUCUACGCAGAGUUGGAGAGCUACAGUUACAAGACUGACUACCCCUGGGAAACAGAGGGCCUCUUCUACAACCUCGAUCCUCUUCCCAGCCUCAAGAGAGGCCCCAAAUGCAAGUGCAAGGUCCCAGAAGAGUGUGAGGAAAAGAGAAGUACAAACAGCGAGCUGCUGACCGUUUUCAACAACUGGGUUGAAGAUGCUGUCUCCUUCACCAACUCCGCCAUCACUUUCAGAGGUCCUUCAACCUACAGAUACGCCUACACAAAGCAGCUCACCAUCAGGGAUGUAGAUCACAAGGGUUUCACCUUGCAAAACAUUCAGGGCCAGGCCCAGCUGAUGGCUUCGCACCUUCAAGGUCCUAAUACCAGGCAAGAAGAGAAAUUAAACCUGGAUUACUACUUCUCCACGCAGGGCUCCUCCAAUAGCCCUGUGGCCAUACGUCUCACGAGCAAGAAUCUCUGUCUGUGCUGUGCUGAUGGCAGCCCUAAGCUGCAGCUGGAGGAGGUGUCAGGGCCCAUGCAGGAAAUCAAAACUGAGGCUCAGAAGCGAUUCUUGUUCUUCAAGACUGAUGCCGGCAACACGUUCAGUUUCGAGCUGGCUGCUCACCCCGGCUGGUUCAUCUCCACCUCCAAGACUGACAGACAGCCCAUUACAUCAGUCAAUCAAACUGGACAGGUGGCCAUCACCAAUUUCUUCACAUAUGAGAGCUAAUCUCCAAUCAUUUGUGGCUGAUUCAGGCUAGUAUGUACCAUGUACAGACUCACGCGAUUCCAACACGUCCAUGUCAUACAUGUGGCUUUGGAAUGACGCCAUUGUAAUUCUCUAUGAACUUUGUUGUGCUAUUUAUUUUGUAUUUAUAUUGUGGUAACUUGCUUUUGCUCAGGGUGCCUCUGGGGGCUUUUAUUCUACCUGGAAAAGGACAAGAGAAGUUUCAAAAGCAAGUUCCUCUGAAUAGCCUGAUGGGCCGCAUCCAGCCCCUGGGCCGCACUUUGCCCACCCCUGGCUUCAAUUCUGAUGACUGGCCUAUGCCUUUCACUCCCCUUGAAAUGGUCCCUCGCCAUCUGCCUUCUGCCGCAUGCUAAUGGCUGUGAUUCAGGCGGACCUGCUUCUGGGAUCAGACUAAGAGGAACAUAGUGACACCCCCAGCACAGCAAAAAGGGGGGGCAAGUGUCCAGAACUCCCCAACAGUCUCUCGAGAGCACCCAUAAACUACAAACAAGAACUUUGGUCACUGACCCCAGGUGUGAUUCUCAAAUGCUUUACAGGCAUCGUGUGAGAUCAGGUCUCUAAUCCGGUCCAAAUCAACAUGCUUUUCCCCCCUCCCAAAUCAGUUUGUUUUUUUUUAAAUUAAGCUCAGAUCCAUCAAAAAAUCUCCCGGCUCUUAAAUUUCCAGUUGAAACAAGGUUUUUCAGAGGCAGGCACUAAAGAAAUAAGCCGUCCUGCUGGAUCUUGCAAAUGUCAAUGCAUUUUGUGUCCAAAAUGUGGAGAACUUGAGGGUAAACUUGACUCCAAAACUGAUAGGUGACUAGAAUGAAACUAACUAUUAUAAGAGCAACUCCAUUUAAUAUAUAUAUAUAUUUAUGCUGACCUGUUUAAUACAUAUUUAUAUAACAUCGAUCUAACGAAGAAUUAUUUAUAUGAGGCUGAUCUAUUUAAUAUUUAUUUAUCUGAUGCUGAUCUAUUUCAGACACAUU